CUCCCUGGGCUUUGUUGCGCGAGCACGAGCCAUGGCCGACGUGGGUGGGAGAGCUCGAGCUCCGAAGAUGGCAACAAUGGCGGCCGGCGUCGCACUGCACCUGCACCUACAAGGUGACGCGGCCGGCCGCCGGAUAAGCGGCGAAGCUGCCCAAGUUCUUCUCCUUGGGCUGCUUCUGCUUCUACUGGUGAGUUCAGAGUUCAGACUCCAACUUGGGUCAGAUCUCGUUUCCAUGACUCCCAUGUACCCAUGUAUUCUGAAUUUCUGAUCCUAGCUCAAAAUUGUUUUUUUCUCUUUUUGUCAUUUCCUGUUUUGAUGAAACAUGCGCAUCAUUCAAGUAUUAUAAAUUUAUAAUUGGUGCCAGCCGCAAAUUUGCGGAGGUUGGUACGAAUAGGAUUGUUUUUUUGUCCUCAUGUAUUUGUACUUUUGUAGUCCUGUUGAAUCCACUAGAGACUGCUGCUUAUUGCUGAACUGCCACAUAUUGCUGCUAGGAACUCACAAAUUUUCAGGAGUUCUACUCGAUAAACUUAUCAGCACAUUGCACAUCCAGCUUUGCCUCUGAGUGCUUCCAGGGAUGAAGGUGAAGGCAAUUAGAGUCCACAAGAUUGGUGGUCCAGAGGUGCUAACUUGGGAAGAGGUGGAGAUUGGGGAGCCCAGCGAGGGGGAGAUCCGGAUCAAGAACAAGGCUAUCGGUGUCAACUAUGUCGAUAUUUAUUACCGUACUGGGUUGCAUCAAGAACCUCUCCCGUUUGUUCCUGGCAAGGAAGCAGUAGGAGUAGUGUCUGCUGUUGGACCUGGGGUAACAGGUAUCGAAGUUGGCGAUGUAGUCGGCUAUGCUGAUACUCCAAUGGGCACUUACACUGAAGAACAGAUUAUACCGGCAACACUGGCCAUUCCUAUUCCACCUUCAGUGGACCACAUUACUGCAGCAUCUGUUUUACUCAAGGGAAUGACUACAUAUGUCCUUGUGAAACAAGCCUUUAAGAUUCAGGCAGGCCAUACUGUCCUAGUCCAUGCUGCUGCAGGAGGAGUUGGCUCUCUCCUUUGUCAGUGGGCGAAUGCCCUUGGUGCCACCGUUAUCGGGACCGUUUCGACACAAGAGAAAGCAAUCCAAGCAGCCGAAGACGGGUGCCAUCAUGUGAUCAUCUACACCGAGGAGGAUUUCGUAGCCCAAGUUGCUGAAAUCACAUCGAGGAAGGGUGUUCAUGUUGUUUAUGAUGCUGUCGGUAAAGACACCUUCAAGGGAUCAAUGGAGUGUCUGAUGCCGCGUGGAUGCAUGAUCUCUUAUGGGCAAUGUUCAGGGAGGCCUGACCCUGUACCAGUGAGUGAUCUGGCGUCCAAGUCCCUGAUCUUGGGCAGGCCAGGGAUGAGGCACUACACCGCCACCCGCGACGAGCUGCUGCACGCCGCCGGCGAGGUCUUCGCCGGCGUGGCGGCUGGCGUUCUGCGCGUCCGCGUCAACCAUGUCUACCCGCUGCAUGAGGCGGCUCGCGCGCACGCGGAUCUCGAGGCACGGAGAACCUCUGGAUCUGUGGUGUUGUUGCCUGCCAUGCCAGCAGCUGACAGCUGAUGAGAGUAUCCUGUGGCAUUGAUGUUGUUAGAAUAGGUGUCGAAUAUACUAGUUCUAUUUGGUUACAGUUGGACUUGGAAUUGUAAUAGGUGUUAGGGGGUGGAGUUAGAGUCAAACUCUGUAACCCGGCAUCUCUCUUAAAUAGAGCGGGGGGCACCACAAUGUAACCAUGGCGACUACAAUGUAGCGUAGACACGCAGGGAGAUGAUGGCGGCGUGGCCAUGGACUCGUAGCGGCUAGGAGCUAUAUUGGUUGGGGAGGAGCGCCCAUAAUCAGAGCCCCGGGGAUGUAGGUUUCGGCUG